AUGAAACACUGCAUACUUUGCCUUUCGCUCAUCCUUUUCUAUGGCAUUGCCUUUAUCCAAUCAAGCUAUUCAAAAAGCGACUACACCAUUGUAGGCAUCGACUUGGGCACAAGCAACUCACGCGUUGGUAUUUUCAAAAACGGACGAGUAGAAAUUAUUGCCAAUGAUCAAGGUAACCGUAUCACACCAUCCUAUGUUGCAUUCACUCCCGAAGGUGAACGACUCAUUGGGGAUGCUGCCAAAAAUCAGCUCACUUCGAAUCCUGAAAACACUGUUUUCGAUGCCAAACGUCUCAUCGGUCGUGACUUCAAUGAACCAAAUGUUCAACAAGACAUCAAACACUUUCCAUUCAAAGUCAUCGAAAAGAACUCAAAGCCAAUCAUCCAAAUCAGUACUGGCAAGGAACAAAAGCUUUUCACACCCGAAGAAAUCUCAGCCAUGGUUCUCGGCAAGAUGCGUGAGAUCGCUGAAGCGUACCUUGGAAAGAAAGUCACUCACGCUGUUGUCACCGUUCCUGCUUACUUCAAUGAUGCUCAACGUCAAGCCACGAAAGAUGCUGGUACCAUCUCGGGCUUGAAUGUCAUGCGUAUCAUCAACGAACCAACAGCUGCUGCUAUUGCUUAUGGAUUAGACAAGAAAGAAGGUGAAAAGAAUAUUCUUGUCUUCGAUUUGGGUGGUGGCACAUUCGAUGUGUCAUUGGUGACCGUUGACAAUGGUGUGUUUGAAGUGGUUGCCACCAAUGACGACACUCACUUGGGUGGUGAAGAUUUCGAUCAACGAGUGAUGGAACACUUCAUCAAGCUAUUCAAGAAGAAAACUGGCAAGGAUGUUCGCAAAGAUGUCCGUGCAGUACAAAAACUCCGACGAGAAGUAGAAAAAGCGAAGCGAACGUUGUCAUCUCAACAUCAAACAAAGAUCGAAAUCGAAUCAUUCUUUGACAAUGAAGAUUUUAGCGAAACAUUAACACGGAUUGAAUUUGAACAAUUAAACGAGGAUUUGUUUGAACAAACAUUGAAGAUUAUGGAACAAACGUUAAAGGAUAAUAGUUUUAAUAAAUCGAUGGUCGACGAAGUUCUUGUCAUUGGCGGAUCAGCGUAUAUUCCGAAAGUUCAGGAACUAGUUAAAGAAUUCUUCGAUGGCAAAGAACCAUCCCGUGGUAUCAACCCCGAUGAAGCUGUUGUUUACGGUGCUGCUGUUCAAGCUGAUCUUCUUUCGAGAGACGAUGGGUCUGAUAUUCUGUGUUGUAUGGAUUUGGCUUUGUUAAGCAUGGGUAUUGAAACAGUUGGUGGUGCGAUGACGAAGAUCAUUCCGCGUAACUUACUCAUUCCAUUAAAGAAGAGUCAAGUCUUCUCCACGGCCGCUGACAAUCAACCAACAGUCACCAUUCAAGUCUUUGAAGGCGAACGACCCAUGACCAAGGACAAUCAUGUGUUGGGCAAAUUCGAUUUAACCGGUAUUCCACCAGCACCCCGAGGUGUUCCACAAAUUGAAGUCACCUUCGAAAUCGACAUCAACGGUAUCUUGAAAGUAACUGCAGAAGAUAAAGGCACAGGAAACAAGAAUAGUAUUACAUUCGGUUCAAAUACCAAUCUAUUAUCACCAGAAGAAAUCGAUCGUAUGAUCAAAGAUUCGGAACGAUUUGCAGAUGAAGAUAAGGAAAUCCUAGCAGGUAUCGAAUGUAGAAAUGAAUUGGAAGCUUCGGCGAAGACUGAAGCAAAUUCAACAACUGUAUCUGAAAACACUCAACUAGCACCAAGAGUAACGUCUGCUGUUACUACAACGGACGCCAUGUGA